CAGAACUAGUUGCAAGUCCAAUGAGAUAACCAAAAUGUUUGCAAAAGUCUUGCUGAAAACAUUCAUGCUGAUAGCUUCUGGCGGGCUUGUGACAGCAGCAUCUCCGAUAAACGCUACACGGGAUUCCUGUGUGCAAAAAUCGUACCGGGUGUACAACAACGUCGGAGUGACUUUCAUGGAAGCCUGGAGACGUUGCCAGUGGAAUGGGCAACGGUUGGCCACCGUGAGUUCCGAAGCGGACAGUAAGUUGCUGGAAGCUGCGAUCGGGGCCUCUAGGAAUAAAACCGGGCCCUGGUGGAUUGCCGGAACUGAUCAGGGCAGCGAGGGGAAUUUCAUUUGGAUUUCAACUAACAUUCCGGUAGGAUUUGGAACCGGGUAUGAAAAUUUCUACCCAGACCAGCCUGAUAAUGCCGGAGGAGCUGAGGACUGCAUGGAGAUUGGGCGCUGGGGUGGAGUAUGCUGGAAUGAUGCACCCUGUGGGUGGAAGCAGCGUUACAUUUGUGAACAAGUGAGACCUUGUUAAAAGUGUGAAUUUCAAAUAAGCAUAAUUUUGAAUACAGUUUUUGUCAAAUUCAAAUAAUCUUUAAAUUUUAGGGGUCAAAAUUCAAAAUAAAUGAAAACACAUAUGGGUCAUUCCAGGUUAACUGGUCAAGAAAUCCCAAGUUUGGUGCUGAUUGGAACAUCCCUCUAUUUUUGGCACCGCCCUCUUUUUUGACGAUUUAAAAAAAAAACUUUUUCUUCUUUUAAUCAUAACUUUGCAAAUAUUUUAGCAAAAGGUUUUUUACAGGUUGCAUUUCAUAGAAAAUUCGAAUAAAAUUCGAAUUCGAUAAAAAAAAUUAACCCUCAAAUGCCUCCUAAUAUUAUAUUUUAACGUUAUAAGUAUUAAAAAUCAGUUUGGACAAAUUCCUUA